AUGCCAUAUAUGAUGACGACAUUCAACUCGCGUGCAGGCCGAGUCGCAGUGCUUGCAGUAUUCUGUAUCAUCGGCCUUGUUUGGAUCUUUCCCGGGCAUGGGAAUCUACUGUCGUCAAAUUUCUAUGCAGGGAAUGGAUACAAUAGCAGCCACCCCAUCGAUGCUCUUAUCGAUACCGGAAAAACUGACCUGGACGAACUCUUGGGAACACAGUCACACAACCUUCGAAGUGCUGCAGAAAAAUACCGAGCGCGCCGUGGCAGACAACCUCCUCCUGGAUUUGGAGAAUGGUACGAGUUCGCGAAGUCGAAAGAUUCAUUGAUCAUUGAAGAAUUCUUCGAUCAAAUCUAUCACGACCUAACUCCAUACUGGGCUCUCGAGCCGAAGGAAUUGCGCCGACAAGCUAGAAGCCUCCCUACCCGCAUCACAGUUCGCAACAAAACCACGGUAUUGAAGACCGAUGAGCCAAGAAGUUGGAUGGACUCGUGGUAUGAUCUGGUGUCCAAAUUGGAGAAUGGACUCCCCGAUCUCGAUAUGCCAAUUAAUGUCAUGGAUGAGACCCGGCUCGUUGUCCCCUGGGAAAAGAUAAAUGAAUACGUUCAAAAAGAGCAGAAGGAUCGCGUUAUGAUGGAGCCGAGCCGUGUGAUCUCCGAGUAUAUGACUUUGGCCGACUCGGAUAGUCAAGACCUGGAACCUUACGAUGCUGGAUUUGCAGUUCCUGGCAAGGGAGGCUACUGGGAGAUGGCACGGGUUGGCUGUCCACCCGGAAGUCCUGCACAUAAGAGCAACCUUCCCAAGGUGGACUUCGGUACUCCACCUUGGGAAUAUGACAAUUUCGAGAGAAUGUCAUACCACGGCUAUGUAUCCAACUUCACUCUAGCCAAGGACCCCUGUGUGCGCCCAGAGAUGCAAGUUUUGCACGGAACCUUCCUUGAACCAAUCUCUGUUUCAACCUCGCACAAGCUGAUGCCACUGUUCGGUGGGUCCAAGCUUCCCAUGAACAACGAAAUUCUCCUUCCCCCAGCGAUGUACUGGGCCCAGAACGACCAUUAUUCCGGCGGGGAGAAGGAGCACGGCGGUCCCUGGAGAUCAAAAACAAACAAAGCUAUGUGGCGAGGUGCUGCUACCGGAGGUCGGGCUCGAGAGCCGAACUGGACGGGAUUCCAGAGACACCGAUUCAUGUCCAUGAUGAACGCGACAUCAGUGGCUCAGGCUGAGAAGAACCAAAGCCACGGUAUCAACUUCAGACUUCCGAACUAUGCCGAUUAUAAGUUGUCCGACAAUGGCUUUAUCCCGCAGCUUCUCUCGGAAUAUACCGACACAGGCUUCAACCACCUGGUUUGCACGCCUUAUAAUGAAACGGACCCGACUUGUCCGUAUCUCGAUCCAUACUUCGAGGUCGCGCCUGGCAUGCCAAUGAAAGAUAUGUACAACUUCAAGUAUCUGCCCGAUCUUGACGGGAACUCUUUCAGUGGCCGGUACCGCGGAUUCAUGUUGUCCACUUCCCUCCCUAUCAAAGCUACUAUCUACAAUGAGUGGCACGACUCGCGGCUCAUCCCUUGGGUACACUUCGUUCCUAUGGAUACCACCUACAUCGAUGUGUAUGGAAUCUUGGCUUAUUUCCUCGGCGGUCGUGAUCAGGCAGCUCGGAAGAUUGCCCUUGCUGGGAAGGCUUGGGGUGAAAAGGUCCUCCGACGGGAGGACAUGGAAAUCUAUACAUAUCGACUUCUCUUGGAGUAUGCUCGCAUCUGCGAUGAUCGGAGGGAAUUCCUCGGUUAUGUCGAUGAUUUCAAGAGGUCUUGA